AUGCCUCCAGCGGAACUCGAACCCGCGACCGCGCGCAGCAAGUGGGAUACAAUGACGACCAGCACACCAAACCUCACAAUCAAAAGUGUGACGUCAUCAUGUUCCAGCUCUUCGAAUAACUUGAAUGCAGGGUGUGCAGAGUCUCUGCAUAGUUUAAUAGACAAUUUAGAGAAAGCUGAGGGUUCCCCCGACGAGCAAUGCUCUAUGUCAUGUUCGAAGGAUAAGAAGAAAAGAUCAAUUUGCUGUAGUCGUUCUGGACAGACUGUGUGGGGUAUUAUUUUUGUACUGUGCUCAAUAGUUGGAUUUAUAUUUCCGCCUUUAGAUUUUAUGCUGCUGGAAAAACUAAAUAUGAGGCCUGGUCUUCCUCCAUAUGACUGGUGGGCUGACCCUCCAGAUGAAGUCAGGAUGAGAGCCCAUAUAUUUAACGUGACAAAUCAUGAACGGUUCUUAGCAGGCCUUGACGAUAAGAUACACGUUGAAGAAAUUGGUCCGAUUGUUUAUUUAGAAAAAUUAAAACACUACGAUAUAAAGUUCAACGAGAAUAGCACAAUGACGUAUACAGCAAAGCGCUACCUUAUAUAUCUGCCAGAUGAAAAUAAUAUCGACUUCAAUGACACUAUUAUUGUCCCAAACUUAGCUUUAUUGGGUAUGCUUUCUUAUCUGCACAACGCGAAUUACUUCGUCCGUACAGGCUUCAAGAUCAUGGUGAACUCUCACGACAGUCAGUUGUUUGUGAGGAGAACCAUCUAUGAAUACUUAUGGGAUAAUAGAGAGUCUAUCCUGGAAACUUCAAGAAAUUUGGCACCUACUUUAGUACCAGAUAGCAAUAUGGGAAUGUUAAAUAAAAUAUAUUCCGAUUUCACAGACAAAUAUACAGUAAGAAUCGGUGCUCAGUGGGGGCAUAAGAAUUUUUUUAAAAUGGACGCUAUGAGAGGUCGAUCCUACAUUACGGGAUAUGAUCCAAAUAAAUGUCCCGAUCGUCUUAAUGGAGCAACAGAGGGUGUUAUGUACCAUCAGCAUAUAUCUAAAAAUGACAUUCUUCUGUGCUUAAGAAAAACCGUUUGCAAAGUAAUGCCUAUGUACUAUGAAAGAGAAAGUAUAAUAAACGGUGUUAAAGUAUAUAGAUUCGCUUUACCCGAAAACGCCUUUGAUAGAAAACGAAACGGUACCGACUGCUAUGCAUCAAAUGCCAAACCUUUGCCAGAUGGAGUGAGUGACACUUCAAAGUGUUUCUUUGAUUUUCCAAUGGUAGCCUCUUAUCCUCAUUUCUAUACCGGAUCUCCUCCUAAGGAUAAAUAUGUAACCGGUUUAAAACCCGACCGAUCCAAACAUAGCUCCUACAUAUACGUUGAACCGAUCACCGGAGUCCCUUUCAAGGCAAUAGCCAGACUGCAGUGUAAUUUGCAAAUUAAUGAUCUAUCCAGCUUUUAUACGCCACAUUACAACAAGUUUUCCAAUCUCAUCUUACCCAUAGGAUGGAUAGAAUAUAGUCAAGAAGAUCUUCCCGCCGUCGUCAAGCACACAGUGUAUUUUAUGGUGGUCAUUUUACCUCCACUGUCAAUUAUCAUGUUUAUUUUGUUACUUCUUUUAGGGUUGUACCUCACUAUAAAACAAUUUAUAUCACAAAAAUUAAAAAAGAAAAUACUAUUACUCAUAAUGCGAUCCAAGAAACACAAAAUUGAUAACUUAGGACAAAAUAAUUUAUUUAUAGACGAAAUGGAAAUUUUUUUGAAUAAAUGUGCCGAUAGC